CACUCUGGCGACCGUGGUAAGUAGUUUGAGGCCUGAUCGACCUGCAUACCAUGCAGCCUGGGUUGAUUCUUUCUCUAGGCCCUAGGUCUAUGUCUGUCGAGGGUGGCCGGACUAUUGUUGGCGACAUGGCGACGGAAAAGCGGCCCUUCCGAUAACCCAUCCGGAUCUCCCACAGCUGGUUCUUUCUGCGACCCUUGCGAAUCCCCAUUGUCUGAAUGGUCUAACAUGUCCGAGUGGUCUCACGACAUGGCCGAGUCGUCUGGUGACGAGGUUGAGAGUGUUACUCGGUCUACGUCUGUCGAGAGUGAUAAUGCUGUUGCUGGCGAGAGCGCCAUGGACGAAAGCUUGAAGAGACUUCAUGACAUUGGAGGAUUUGGCAACCAGAAUGAAUGGAAAACCAUGCAUGUCUCGAUAAACCUUGCCGGUAAAUCUGACUUUAUGGAUCCCCCUGAGGAUCUGGUACUCAACGCUAGUUGCGUGGGUCACAGAGCAAGUCAAGGUGUCCUUAGAACCGCGUACAUCGGUAUGGCGAUAGGGCUGAUAAACUUCGUGGUCGCUUUCGACGUUCCUCCGCCACCGACCCAGCCUGAUGAGGAGCCAACGCCGACGAUCGUUCAGCAAUGUAUCGAUCUUUACGUCAACAAGUCAUUUGAGAAACUGAUUCGGUUUCUAGUACCGACCUGCAAUCCUCUUUUCGAAGAGAAGUUGGCUGAUCCUCCAACCACUCUGGAAUCCGUUCUGGAACGCGGGUUAGUUUCCAUCCGGAUCACUUCCGCGGACGAAGAGACGGUGAUUUUUGAACCCUACCCGGAAGUCUUCCCAGAAAAGGAAAGAAUCGACUGGGUUUCCCUGAAGGGUGAUCUGGUGAAUGUCCCCGUCUUUGAACUGUCGGAGGUGGAGAAUUUCCGCAUAGGGGGCAAUGGCCAUGUGUAUCAAGUCAGUAUCAAAGGGAAAACCUUCCUCUACAAACCGGCAAAGGCGCUUGGACCUCUUGCCCGGGAAAUUUCGAUGUUACAGAAGGUAGUCGGGUGUUCUCUUCGGGUACCGAAAGUGGAAGGGAUACUUGGUAUAAAUACCAAGUAUUCCGGGAUCCUGAUAACAUUUAUCCCCAGUUCUUUUACUCUUUCUCAUUGGACUGCAUUUGAAGCAAGCGUUGCCGAGCGCCAGAAGUGGUAUGAUCAAGUAUCUGAAACCAUUCGCAUUCUUCACAAGAAUGAUUGUUGUUGGGGAGAUGCCAAGGAUGAAAACAUUGUGAUCGAUAAGAAUCGUGAUGCAUGGCUCGUUGAUUUCGAAGGGGGUUAUUCACCCGGCUGGGUUGAUGUUGAACUUAGGAACACUUUUGCUGGAGACUUGCAGGCAUUGAGCAGGCUUCCCAGAUCCUUGCGCUUGUGCGAUUGAGUCACCAUCCACUGUGAACCGUCUUGUGUCUGUAUCUAGAGCUGUGCAUUCGAUUUCCAUGCAAUUCCGCCCUGUUGUGAGCUCCACAGGCUCGCUUGAAAAAUGGGGUGGCAAUAAGGGCUUGCAAUAUGACAGCCACUGCUUGUCUCAACGUCUCAGACUUCUGAUAACCAACCUAUAAGGAUCUUGCAGGCCCAUCACAGCCCCCAUCCGCCGCCAAUUAAAGUAUACCCUGAGGUUUUACUUUACAGUGACUUUGAAUAGGAUCCUAUUACUACCUACGUCGGUACCUACUAUCGCAGACAUACUACCAUCCGAAUUGAC